UUCUUUCUUUCACAUUUAGCUUCAAAAAUGAUACUUGUUUCUCUUUUACUAUUAAUUUUGCAUCUGUUGAGUUCAAGUUGUGAUGAGUAUUUUAUAAAUGAUGGAAAUAAUUUGACUAAAUCAGAUGUGGAUUUAAUAGAGUUUCCAUUAAAUAUAGAGUAUAUGGAAGCUGAAUUUUUCUUGUGGGGUUCUUUGGGGUAUGGCUUAGAUAAGUUUGCACCUCAACUUGUUGAUGGUGGACCAAAGCCUAUUGGUGUUAGAAUUGCUAAACUUAGUCCUCUUAUAAGAGAUGUCAUUGCUCAAUUUGGAUUUCAAGAAGUCGGUCAUGUCAGGGCAAUCAAGAGUACAGUGAGAGGAUUUCCAAGGCCACUCCUAAAUCUAAGCAUAGAAUCAUUUGCAACAGUGAUGAAUGAUGCAUUUGGACAUCCAUUACAACCAUCUUUUGAUCCUUAUGCUAAUGACAUCAACUAUCUUCUUGCCUCUUAUGUCAUCCCUUAUGUUGGACUUACAGGAUAUGUUGGAGCUAAUCCUAAACUCCACAGUCCUAGUGCCAAAAGACUAGUAGCAGGACUACUGGGAGUAGAAUCAGGUCAAGACGCAGUUCUAAGAACUUUGUUGUACGAGCGAGGGAGAGAGAAUGUAGAACCUUAUGGGAUAACGGUAACAGAGUUCACGAACCGAAUAUCAGAGCUGAGGAACAAGUUGGGACGCCAAGGAAUCAAAGAUGAAGGACUUAGAGUGAAACCAAAGUUGGGUGCUGAAGGGAGCAUAAGGGGCAACAUACUUGCAGGGGGCAAGUACUCGCUUUCCUAUGACAGAACGCCGGAGGAAAUACUCCGGAUAGUGUAUGGGAGUGGGGACGAGAGUAAACCGGGUGGAUUUUACCCGAAUGGAGCGGAGGGUCGGAUAGCCAAAUCAUAUCUUUGAGUUGGAUGACUCUAGUUAAAUCAGAAAAAUGUAAAACUGUUGCUUCCUGCCUAUUCAAUGUCUAAUAAAAAAGUGGGUAGAAGUGAUUGUUGGGUAUA